AUGCAUUUGACAUCAAGACCUGCGUGAAGUUUUGCACAAAAAUAUGCAAAUAAGCUAGAUUCCCGUGCCCCAGGCCCAGGAGCGUAUUCUCCUAAAGCGGCGACUUAUGAACAACCUCCACAAUAUAGAAUUGGCACAAGCAGCAGAUAUGAUUUUACUGGCAAAUCAGCUGAGGCUCCUGGCCCAGGAUCUUAUAAUCCUGAGAAAAAAGAGCAUUCACCAGCCCCAAAACUGGGAACAAGCAAAAGAGAUCCACUAAGCGACACCAUGGCGAAUCCUGGACCUGGAACCUAUCAAAUUCCUUCAAAGGUCCAAGAAGGUCCUCAGUAUAGUAUUCAGCGAAAAUACUCUUCUAAAGGCUUUGGAGACAGUCCAGGUCCUGGAUAUUAUGAACAAGAUUUAAAUGAUUUUACUACAAAAGAAAGACCAAUAAGUGCUAGAAUUGGAACUGCUCAAAGAGAUAAUUAUAUGACUAAGCACGCAGCUGAAUACCCAGGUCCUGGAAGCUAUGAAAAUAGACCUCAAAGUGCAGCACCUAAAUGGGGAUUUGGCAGUGAAGGCAGAAAUAAAAAUUCAAAAGCAGAUGACCCUGGUCCCGGUGCUUAUGAAAUGGGAGGAACUUUAAAUAGCAAAGGAUGGAGUAUAAGUGGGAAAUAUCCAGAUGGAGCUGGAACUGAUAAAUUAAAAGUGCCUGGACCUGGAGCUUAUAGUCCUGAAGGCCAAGGAAAAAUGCCUUCUUACACAAUUGGUCGUUCAGGUAGAAGUGAUUUUACAAAAAAUGGAGAAAAGCAGCCUGGACCUGGAGCUUAUGAGCAUACUCUUAGACCUAGUUCAUCUGGACCAAAAUUAGGAACUGGAAAAAGACAGCCUUUAUCUUAUCUUAUCUUAUCUUAUCUUAUAGAAUCUAUACGUUUUACGUCCACUACUGGGUAACCGUUUUCAGGACCUCCACCAUUUUUACACGUGUCGGGCCCACAGGUCGCUGGUCCAACCUGCUUUGUUCACCAGGGUACGCUUGGAAACGAUGUUCCGGCUUCGACGGCUCAUGAGUGAGAGACUUCAUCUUGCUUCCUUGACGCCGUAUGACGACUAAAGGCUCCUUCGCUGCCGCAGGAUGGAAGUGGAAAAACCAUAGGCCUUUCAAGUUCCCUAAGGGCUGGCCAAACAGACUAGCCUCAGCCGGGAUAGAAUUCCCGUGUAAAACCAAGUCUCAUAAUCAUAAAAAUGCAGAAUAAGUGGUGCCCAUCGGCAGAUCGGUACCGUACGAAUGUCGCCAUUUUAUGAUUAAGACAGCCUUUUAUCACAAUUUGAAAAUACCCCUGGGCCAGGGACAUAUGAAUUUAGAAAUACAAAUGAGGGACCUCAAUAUUCAAUGCCAGGAAGAUCAAGCAAAGGAGAUCGGCCAAAAACUCCUGGCCCUGGGCAUUAUAAUCCUGGAGGAUCAAUGACUGAUCGAGCUUCUCCAUCAUAUAGAAUUGGUAGUGCAAGAAGAGAUGAUGAUAAGCCUGAUACAGUUCGAAAUCAAUUCCCUGGCCCUGGAAGCUACUCAGGCAGGCCACAGACUGCAGGACCAAAAUGGGGAUUUGGGACUGAGAAAAGGGAUAGAAGAGGUGGAAGCACUGAUAUAGGCCCAGGGCAAUAUGAAAUGAGAAGCAGCUUAGACCAAAAAGCUUGAAGUAUGUCAGGAAGACAUCCAAACUUGGAAGAAAAAAAUCUUGGAGAGUUUCCUGGACCUGGAGCAUAUAAUCCUCACUCCCGCUUUAAAUUUGAACAAAACAAUCUGCUCCAAUUCAAAUGAUGUUAAUUUUUUUGAUAAAAAAAAAUACAAUCUAAAUUUAGUUUUAAAAAAGAAUUAAUUUAUAAAUUUAUCAAUUUGAUUAAAUAGUAUUAGUUGUACUCCCUCAUUAAAAAAGUACAAGCUAUAAGUAUUUUUUUUAUUUUUUAAACAAGUGGCUAUCAAGCUAUUUGUAUAUAAGUUAUAUUUUUAUCUAAAAAAUUAAAUUUUGUUUUAUUUUAAACGGAAAAUCAGCCAAAUUAUGGAGCACCCAAUUAUGGCUUUGGAACGAGCAGACGUCCUCUAUCUGGAAAUGCAGGAAGCCCUGGACCUGGAGCUUAUAAUGUUGGGAAAGAUUUCAAUAAAACAGCACCUUUAUUUGGAACAGGCAAAAGACAGCCUUUAUCAAAUGUAACAGAUACACCUGGCCCUGGCGGAUAUAAUGUCAAAAGUGGGCGAGAUGGCCCUGCAUAUUCAAUGAGUGCAAAAACAUCAAAAAAUGCAGCGCAUACAACGCCUGGCCCAGGAUCUUAUAACCCAAAUAUAGGUGCAUCAAACCCUAGCUGGAGUUCAUAUGAUGGCGAUGACUAUAUAUGUCUUCGAAAACGAUGCACAACCUUUGCCUCAAAAUUAUUUAUAGCCUAAAUCAAGAUUUAACCCCUUUUAAUUCUAAACCUUAGCUUUCCUUGCGCAGCUGUACGAGGUGGGCAAAACCUGGAAGUCAGCUAGUGAUUACCUCUUUGGCCAGGUAUUAGUUAUUCGAUAAUUUUUAGACCAUGGUUUUUUUCCUUUCCUAUUCUGGAGGGAGUGUUUCCUUUGGCUCAGGUGACAUCUCUUCUAAAGGUGACCGAUAGAAGGCAUUGGACUGACCGAUACUUCAUAUUCUGAUGGCGAGCUGACAGGAAAUCUUUCUCACCCAUAAAGACUCUUGGGGUCACAGUGCAAACACCGUUUCCUAGAGGUCCCACUGUUUUCAAAUAGCAGUGAAUAUCCAUCUGACAAGCAAGCUAGCGUUGGUCGUUAGUGUGUGGAGGUAUCAAACCUGUAAUACUUUAAGAUUAUUAAUGAAUAAUUAAUUAAUUAGCUGGAGUGUAGGAAAAGACAAAAGGAAUGAAAUACACAGUUUGUCUAAAUCCCAAAGUGCAGUUGGGCCAGGAUUAUACGAUGUUAGAGGAAAAUUAGGAGGCCCUAAAUGGGGAUUUGGCUCAUCCCAAAGAAAUGGUAAACAAAGAUCAGACAGUCCUGGGCCUGGAAAUUAUGAAGUUCACUCUUCAAUUGGAAAUUUGCCAACUUAUGCUAAAGCUGGUCGCUAA